ACUUUCAAACACGUCGAGGACGCCAUAUAUGAUGCCAAAAUGCCUUCCAUCACACCUCAGAGGCAGGAUGCGCGGACGUUGAGGAUCCCCGUGCCUAAGCCGACGCUGGACGCCAAGUCGUUGGUCGUCGUAGCAACAGGAAAAAGGGCGGAGGAAGCCCGCGUGCAGUGUCGCAAGCUCCACCAGACGAGCGUGAAGAAGGGAAAAUACGAAAAGCGGCUUGUUGGACUCGAAAUGUUUCAGGAUUUGCUCGACAAACACGUCGCUGAGAUUGACAAGAUCUCAGUGGACAUGAAGAAGACGUUGAGGGAUUUCUCGGUAAUAGAGGGAGAUCCUUCACAACGACUAAAAUAUAAUAGUCGGCGGGUCUGA